CGCAGCAGGCGACAGAAGAAGCUGAGAAAGCUGCUGCUGAGGAUGACAUGAAACAAUUAAGGUCAGCUUUUUUCCAUCAUUCUCGGAAUCUUGUUUCCCUUUUGGUGCCUUGUGUCUGUUCAUGGGAAAAAAAGGGGUCGAGAUGAGGGGACCACGAUGGAAUAAAGCCGACUCUAAAGCAACAGCGUGCGGAAAUCGUCUUCAAGGAAGACGAGGCGCGAGAAAAUACAACCAAUUUUAAGGCAUCGACGAGGUCUAAAUUCAUUUGUUUCGAUAAGUACUUGAGAGUAUGGAUGAUUGAUUCGAACUACGUACUAGGUUUCAUCUCGUCUUUCUUCGGCAGAUCUCCCUCAAUCUCUGACAAGUUGCGCGCUUUUCCUCAACGGAAGGAAAAUAAUGAAAGAUGCGCCGUCUACAACUUGUUGAGAAUAUGAUGAUUGUCCUCUGAGCUUCAACUUCAUCUUGUUGAAAGUGAUUGCGAUCGUCCUCUGAGCUUCAUUUUCUAAUACUUUCACGAAGAAGAGUAAGAAAAUCAUUGCCGGUUAUCAAGCUUG